AUGGAGCCCGGCUCCGCCGCGCUCGAGCCGCGCGCGCCGCAGCGCGUGAUGAUCACACGCAUGGUGCUCGACAACUUCAAGUCGUACGCCGGCCCCAUCACCAUCGGCCCCUUUGACGCCAACAUGACGUCGGUCGUCGGCCCGAACGGCAGCGGCAAGUCGAAUGUGAUCGACGCGAUGCUGUUCGUCUUUGGCUUCCGCGCCAACAAGAUGCGACAGGGCAAGCUCUCCGAGCUGAUCCACUCCUCCUCGCGGCACCCGAACCUGCAGUACACCAAGGUCUCGGUCCACUUCCGCGACGUC